UUUCAGCGAGGAGGUAUUUCUCGGAGCAGCGGCGGCGGACGUCGGGCGGCAGCUGGCAACACUGAGCGGCCACAACAGAUCGACAAGGCUCUGUGGAUGUCUCUCUUAUGACACAAUUCCAGCGCAAUGUCUAACUUCGACGACAACCCCUUCGCCGACCCUUUCUCGGAGCCCUCCAUCCAGCAGGCGACCCGCAACACAACAAGUGGCCUGGAGGAGUAUGACCCCUUCAGUGGCAAGCCAGCCACCCAAAAUGUUCCAACAACUCAAAUUGGUAAUACAGGGAACCCGCCCAACUAUGUACAGCCCACCGUAGGAAUGGGUGGGCAGCCGGCAGUAGUCAACUCCACACCCGCACCGGCCAACCCUCCAGCCUACACACCAUCAGCCCAGCAGCAGGUCACCACAGCAGAGUUCCAGAGGCGGCAGGAAGAACUUGAAAGAAAGGCUGAAGAAUUAGCCCGAAAGGAAGAGGAGCUGAAGAAUGCUGGAAAUGGGACCGCUCGGCAGGACAACUGGCCACCACUGCCAACCUUCUGCCCGGUUGGACCGUGCUUCUACCAAGACAUCAAUGUUGAUAUUCCUUUGGAAUUCCAGAAAAUUGUCCGCAUGCUUUAUUACCUAUGGAUGUUCCAUGUGUUGAUGCUGAUGCUGAACAUCCUUGGAGGACUGAGCAUGUUCAUCGCCCUCUCUGACGGGGCAACCUUUGGCCUGGCCAUUGUCUAUUUCUUCAUCUUCACUCCAUUUUCUUAUGUAUGCUGGUUCAGGCCAGUCUACAAGGCAUUCAGGAGUGACAGCUCCUUCAACUUCAUGGUGUUCUUCUUUGUCUUCUUCUGCCAACUGGUUGUGAGCAUCAUCAAUGCUAUUGGAAUUCCAUCAACAGGCAGCUGCGGCUUCAUCCUGGGACUAUCCACUUUGGCCACCGACAAUUCCCCGGCAAAUUACAUUGUUGGGAUCAUUGUGUUCAUGAUCGCUCUGGGUUUUGCAGCAGUGGCUGCUAUUGAUGCCAUCCUCCUCAUUAAGGUGCACCGCAUCUAUCGUAGCACUGGGGCCAGCUUUGCCAAGGCCCAGGCUGAGUUCUCCCAAGGUGUGAUGAGAAACGAGCACGUCCAGAGCGCGACAGCCAACGCAGCAUCAGCAGUAAUACGUAAUCAGAUGAACCAAGCCACCACUCCAGGCACCAAUUCUACAAGUCCACGCUUCUAAGGAUGAAGAAGCAGAAGAGUGAGGGGAAGCAAGGCACCUGUAUAGAGGCCGAGCCUUCUCUUGCAGGAUACACUCUUAAACAUGAAUUUUUUUUGUUUUUUGUUUUUGCAGUUGGGCAUUGAGUUUAGAUCGAGUUUCAAUUGGUAACAGUCAUAUGAUUUCUUUAAGUUAGGAAUUUUGUUAUGCUCUGAUGCCUUGCGUCAGUGCAUGGUGAGGCAGGACUGGUGAAGCAUAUGAUAAACUGCCUUGGCACUGUAGAAUUUGAGUAGUUUCCUAUAUAUGUAUACACAGCUUACUAUAACGAAGGAAAGUUUUUGUGAAAUAUGUAGUAUUUUUAAAGUGUUUUCAAAUAUAAUGAUUACUCUGUUGGACAAACUGUACAAGCAGUGGUACAUUUUUGUUUUUAGUAAAUAAGUUAAAAACUACAAGUCAGUUUACAAUAUAGCCAUUUUUCAUGCUUGUUUUUGCUUGCUUGCUUAUGUUCAUCAUUUUUUAUUAUUGAUGAAUGAAAACCAAAUGGGAGCUUAAGUUAUUUAUUUUUGUACUUUAUAAAGUUUGUAACAUUGAUUUUUAUGAUGCCUGAGUCAAAUUUGAAUGGUAUAUGAUAGUUUUUGAAUUAUUUAAUUUUGUCUUUGGUAAUUACUAUUAUAAGUAACUUGUACUAUAGUUCAAUGAUGAUGAUAAUAAUUAAACUUUGAAAAAGAUGAUAAAUAGAUGCAAAAUAAGGGAUGCUGACAAUGAUUUAGCUGCUGUUGGCUGUGAGCAAAUGAAUCCAGGCUAAUGUGAGUAGAUAUGCAUGAAGUUCUAAAUUCUAACCACAUAUUUGAGAUUGUGCCAUUUGAUGAGCUCAGAAGGCAAGUGUUGUACGUAUCUCAUCUUACUUGUCAUCUCAUUUCCACCAGCUUGGAUGACAAGGGUCUUGUACAGCUCUUUCUGCCCUCAGAGUUGCUGACUUAAGAUUGGUACCCAAGUCUGAUAGCAGCCAAUCCUGAGACUAGAGGCCAUGAGUAGCCUCCUCUGUGUCCAAAUCCUUGGUAUUGUUGCCUCAUGAUUUGCCAGGAAUAGAAGAAUUGUAUAGGCCCUAUUGUCCUCACAUAUUAUUCUACUUGUAAAGUUCAUUAAAGGCAUCUUGUGCUGUGGGUUUAACAAACUUUUGUGGUAACAAGGAGUCUGCUUUCUUUUGUGUGUGUGAUUUAUAGAAAUGAUGUAAACCAAGACUAUGAUAUGCUGGUUUACCCAUAUUUCAGGGUUUAGUGUUGUGCACAGCUUAAGAGUGCAGGUCCUGCUGGCUUGGGAGCAGGCUGAUUCAUUAUAUCUUUUGUCUGAUUAUUGACAAAUUCUUCCUACUCUUCCUUAUUAAUGAGUAUUUGGCCUUAAUGUAUGUACUUAAGAGGUUGCCAUCACAUUGUCCCUUUGACCAUACUUGUCAUUACAUAGGGUAAGUUAGGUAAAUAAUAGUUGACAGAUAUGAUUAGGGGGAAGAAGCUUAGUAAAAGGAAGGUAAUUUUUAUUAGAUAUAUUUAUGAUGAUACAGAGAUGGCAAAUCAAAAUUGGCAGUGUCUUGUAUUUGAAAUUUUAUGGGGAUGACAAUAUAGGGGAAGAAGGUUACCGAUACUGUUGCAAGAUCAGCUUAUAACAAUAAUGGGUGGUUCGGUUGCUAAGGUAGUAUGCAAAUAAUAUUGAUAAUAUUUAUAACUACAUUUGGAAAAUAUAAUUUCCUGGGAAACUGAAAGAAGUUGGUGACAAAAUAGUCAUUGAAAAUGAGUUGUAUGGGAGGGUGUAGAAUAUUCAUCUAUAGUAGUACAAUAGAGCAUUAGAGUUUUACAAUAAUGCUGCUACAUAAAUAAGUAUGGCUCCAUUCCUGUUUGUGCAAAUACUUCAUACACUAAUGUUUCCAAGAUAAUACGUAUUUGUCGCAUGUUUGUACAGAAGCACGUAAGGAACUGGGAUGAAAGUUGUUUUCAAAUCUGACAUACUCUAAAGAAUAACAAGAUUAGUAUAGAAGCAUGUGUAGAGAAAUGUGAUAAAAAUUAUUCAUACAUCUGGCAUACUUGUAUUGAUGGUUGGAACAUUGAAAGAGCUAAAGAAGUGUGGGAAGUAAUUAGAUGGCAGUGAUGAAAUUGUGGAGAGGUUCCAUAGAGAGUGUCUUUAGGCAGGUGUGACUCAUCCAACAGCUACCUUGGUUGUUGAUGCAUGGGUGAGGAAGGGAUACAUUUCAGUGGUUAAAGAAGCAGCCAGUUAUGAAGUCUAAAGGUUGCGUUAUGAAAAUGUUCUUUGCAGCACAUAAUUAUCUUUUGCUCAUGAGGUACAUAAUAUCUUACUUCUGGUUACAAUAUAUGAAUUAGCAUUUAUUUUUAUAUACACAUUCUCCCAAGAUCACUGACAUUCAUAAAGUACUUAGGUUUACCUAAACCCCUACUUUACUUCACCUUUAUGCAUGUCAGUGUUUAUGGAAGAAAUUUUGUUUCUGAAAAGGAAAAUGUGAUAUAAUUUAUAUGACAUAUUGAAGUCAGUUUCUCAGCAAAUUACUGUAUUAUGGCUAAUCUGUUCUCAUUACUUUGCACUUCCUCAGUUCUUUAGUUGUUAGUUCAUGUAUAUUGCUGAAGGCAUUGUUCCUUGUUCAGCAAUAUCUGAAUCUGCACAAGGAAGGACCAUCAACAGUUAAAUGAUUUACUCUUAAGAUUUUGUUGAAUGAAAUUUGAUAGUAAAGUUUAUAAACCAAGGUUUGACUGUUAAUGGAUGCUUGUGUGAGCAUAUUAAUUAUUAGCAGUUUGCCAUAGAAAUGUACAUAGUGCCAGUGUUGAUUGAGAUGUUUAUCCAAAUAUAUACCAUGGAGAACUUGGGAAUAGACUUUUGCUAAUAGGAAAUAUAGUUUCAGUAAUAUUGAAAUACUUGAGAUACUCUUGAGUUGUUCAGUGUGGAGAGGAUAAGUUUUAGAAACUGAUGAUACAGUUCAUUUAGUUUUAAGUUUUAGCUAAAAAAAAAUGGCCUUUCUUUGUAAUAAAAAAUUUUUUUUGCUUGUUGCAUUACUAUUCUUUAGAAUCAUAUUGCUGCAUGAUGGCUGUGUAACUGUUGAAAAUUAAAUGCAUACUCUGCAUAGCUUCAUAAACUGAAAUCUGGGCAGAUAAAUGUAUGUGAAGGUGAUGGAAGGUGUAACGAAGUUGGUCAAUCCUGUAUCUUUCAGUCCAGGGUGUAUUUAUCCAAUUCUAUACAAUAGUUUGGAAUUUUGGAUAAAAUAUGAAUAUAUAUAAAUAUGUAUAUUGUAAGUGUGAA